CUGGACUGGUACGAGUUCCUUUGUUUUGGAAGUCCCACUGCACUGUGCAACUUGCGUCGCAACAUAAUUACUUCUGUACCAUUUCACCCCUGUCACGCGGCGGCCAUAUUGGAUAUGACGUAUUACUUUAAGCAUGAAAUCGACAUGAUGCGUGUUUAAUCUGUGACUUGGCAGCUAAUCAUGCUAAAUAAAGAUCAUUGUAGUGUGCCCUUGUGCUCAAAUAACAGAUCAAAAGGUCAGUUAGGAAUUACCUUUCAUCGCUUUCCAGUUGGCAAAUAUACAAAGAAAAGCUGGAUUGUAAGAAUUCGUCGAGAUGUUGGCAAAAACUUCCAGGAAAUCAUCUUCAACAACAAGUUCCACUCAACGAACAGAGGUGAUUUAGCCGGUAUCUCCUUCCCGUCAAUAGUUGCCACUGGGGUUCAAACCCUUCAUUCUAAAACCCCAGAUCAUAUCACUGACGUCAGUACGGUAUCACGAAUUCCUUCCAAGUCUAUUUGUGAGCAUAUGCUGGACACACUUAACAGUACAAAGUAUGCCGCUAUCACCUGUUCUGCAGGUACCUACACAAGGCCGUCAUUGGAAACAUUGCUGAAAAUCCAUUCGCUAAGGGAUAUUUCUCGUCGGGUAAAUCAAGAGGUGCAGUGGCUAACAGUGACACCUCGUCCACCGAACGAGCAGUGUGCACCUCCAGGAUUUUUGGAUGGCUUUAAGAAGCUUUUAUUCGCCUACAAUGACAGUAAAGUCGUCCUUGGCAAAGCAACACUUUCUUCAGAUCUGGCGAACCUUACCGGAAACAACUGGGUGAAUAUUGCCACAAUCCAAGCCUUUACAGCUACAACGCCGAAACUGCAGCUUUCAUCCUUAAUGAUCUAAUACCAUCGAACAAAAGGGAGUUACAACAUUGGACAUGUACCAUUCGGCGGGGUAAGCAGAUCAGAAGCAUUGUGUUCAUCAUUAAUGUUGCGGGUAACAUUAGAGAGACACGCGUAGCCACACCCGAGAACCCUGGGUGCCACUGGACUCUGCUAUAUGUAGAUACAGUUCAAAACAAGUGUGUUGAAUAUCCAAUACUAUUGCAAGUUGGAGUAGGCUCAGAAGGUUCCUGUUUCCGCGGUUCGACUUAAGAAUUGGCUCAGACUCGAUGGAUUGCAAACAACUUUAAUCACGAGAAAACAUCAACAUUGCCGCCAUCUUGUGAAGGCGUGCUCGUGAAACUUACAGUUCCAGAAUGCAUUGCGAUCUUAAAGCGUGACACGAUGUCACGACAUCCGUGACACUCCCCCUUGUUGACCAGAAAUAAAAACCUAGCUAGACUAAUCUGGUCAACACAUUCUCUUACAUCAUUUU